UGGGUAACAGAGGCUGAUGAUUGAACGGAUUGAGGUUAUCUGAGAGAUAGCAAUGGCUCACUUGCCAUUGAAUAGAUAGCAACAGCCCACUUGUUGUGACCAUGAAAUGGGUGAUGAGGAGGUGAGGGUGUCGAGGGGGGAGGGAUCUUCUUGAGCCUGCCCAACUCUGGCUGUCACUGUCUCUGCUGCCAUGACAACAACGCAGGAACCGAAGACAACUUUCCCUCCUUUCAGGGUUCCAUCUCUUAGCGCAUGCGAUCGAGCUGCUCGUGUGAUGGAUUGGAAUGCGAACGCGUCCUUGCUGUGGGAUUGGGACAACCACGCGCCAUUUGGUGGGAAUUACAAGUUGUCUGCCGCCGCCGCCGCCGCCGGCGGUGGCGCUUCCUCUGGCUCUGAAUUGGUGAAUGGUUCCUCGUCCAAGAGCACCAUCUCUGCUUCCUUCGAUUCCUCGCCGAAGGCAGGAAAGCGACCUGGGUGGGACGCUGACCCGAAGAAUCACGGCAAGAACAGAACUCUACUGGAAGCUGGUUCUUCCCCAGCUGUAGCGCAGACGCAUGGAUUGGAGGAGUCACAAAUAGGGUUGAAGCUUGGUAAGAGAACCUACUUCGAGGAUGUCUCAGCUGAGAGUACCGCGAAGAACCCCUUGCCCUCUUUGGAUUCUGCAGCGGCACCUUCUGCUCUGGUCAAGAAGGCGAGAGCGUCUUAUCAGAGUGCACAUAGUACCUGCUGCCAAGUUGAAGGUUGCAAUAUCGAUCUUAGUGGAGCCAAGGAGUAUCACCGGAAGCACAGGGUCUGUGAAACCCAUUCCAAAUCCCCCAAGGUCAUCGUCGCCGGUCGGGAGAGCCGGUUUUGUCAGCAGUGUAGCAGGUUCCAUGAUUUGUCGGAGUUUGAUCAGAAAAAGAGAAGUUGUCGAAGGCGUUUAUCUGAUCAUAAUGCACGACGUCGCAAGCCACGACCAAACAUAAUCUCCUUCAAUUCAACGACCUUUUCUCCGUCGGUUUACAAUGAUAAAUAUCAGAUGAACAUGCUAUGGAAUAAAUCUCCUUUUGGUCACAUGAAACCAGUGGCAACCACCACAAGUGAAGCUUCUAAAAAAUUCAAGCUUGCACAAAUGAGAGGAUCAUGGGUGAAAUCAAGCAAAGAAAGCAGCAUGUAUGGGCAGCUGCAUAUGCCAGACACUCAGCUACCAAAUGGCUUUACUGCAAAUUAUCAUGAUGUAGACAAGCCCUUGCCACUCAAAGGCACUGCCGCCGAAGUACUCAAUCAAGGUUCAGAGGCAUCUGCAGGAGCUUCGAACUUGGACAGAGCACCAGAUCUUCGGCGUGCUCUCUCUCUUCUGUCAACCAGUUCUUGGGGUUCUCCCGACCCAGGAGGCCACGGACAAACUCCUUUCAUUAUCAUGGAUGCUAAGCAUGCCAGUUCGGCACAGCCCACUAUACCUGUCGCGAAUCCCUCAAAUCACUGGAUCUACAGAGAGCCUGUAUCUCAACAAGCUCAACCACUCCUGUUUAGCAUGCACAGAAAUGGCAACCAGACCCAGGAGUUUCAGCUGCAAAAAGCCCCUUAUAGGGAUACUUUCUUUGACCCCACUCAGAUUUACUGACGUCGAGAAGUCAAUCGACCAACUGCAGAUUUAAGAUCAAUGGUUGGUUUUCUAUCUCGACGUGCUGUUGCCAGGAUACUUUGGAUGCCAGUUUUGCAUUAGAUUUUUAGCUCCAGCUGCUGCUCCAUUGUGAAGAACAGCAUUAUGGGUUGACCUCAAUUGUUGAUCAUGCACAACAGGCAGUAGUGGAUGUAAGAAGAUGGUCUGUUUUAUGUUAAUUAGUCUAUGACUCCUAUGCCUUUCCCAGACGAUGGAUUUGGGAGACUUUGCAAGGUUUAGGAGGGUGUGCUGUGUAGUUUCUUUCACUUUUGGUAUGCUGUGGUACUGAUCUGUAGCAAGACUUCCUUUAGAUAUAUCUUUGCACCAGUGUUGGUGAUUCUGGUGUCUGCCUAACUCAUGUAUGUGACCUUAAUUACAUCAGAUCUCCUAUCAAUUAGCUCAAGUUAGAUCCA